AUGAGCUCGAUGGCUGAGGGCAGUGAGGGCUGGGAACGAGAGGAUGAGCUUGAUCUGGGUCAGGAUGAGCACGACUCCCAAUCCCCCGGUUAUGAUGCCGCCCUCGACCACGAAUACCCCGGGCCUUCCCCGCAGAAGCUAGAGCCGGUCGGAGCGGAGGUGGAGGAGUUGGACACAAUAGACAAUGCGCAAGACCAGGGAUCUGAGAAGACGCUGGAAGCAGACGGCCCCCAGUUACCACAAACGCCGCCGCUUAGGCAAGCGCCGGUGAAUGCGACCCCGGGCAGUGUAGAUGAGACAGCUUCAACCCCCGACGAUACCCCCUCUCUACAUGGUUCUAUAUUGUCCUCCCAGAGCAGCAGUGCAUUGGCUUUUCGAAGCUCACCACGCAUUAGCCCCAGCCCAGCCCAUCGUCCAUUCGACCUUCGCUUCCAGUCCCGGUUAUCUUCGUCCCCACUGAGCGCGCCGAGAUCAGGCUCUCCAUUUCUAGCACAUUUACACUCCCGCCAAUCAUCAAUUACGAGCCAAGUUUCACCGACCCCGGAAGCAGACAACGAAGUUCCACCAAGCCCGUGGGAUGUCGUGCGAUGGACAAAGUUGCGGAAGAUCACUGGGCAAGCUUUCUCGGAGAUUGGCAAGCGCAACUUUGGGCGACCAACUUGUCUGGCGGUUUCAACGUCAAUUGUGAUUGGUACUUCCAAGGGAAUUAUCUUGGUCUUUGAUUAUCAGCAGAGCUUGAAGACGAUUAUUGGAACAGGCACAAAGGCUGUCGAAUGCGGACCGAUAACAUCUUUGGCACUAUCUGCAGACCAUUCCACUAUAGCCGGCGGCCAUGAAUCCGGCGAUAUCUUUACCUGGGAAAUCUCACGGUCUGCACGGCCAUUCCUGCAUAUGCCUCCAAUCCCCGCAAACCAAGUCGAGACCCGAACAUCCGAUGGCCACAUUGCUGGCUCUGCAGUGAUCCAUGUGGGGUUCCUUGGCACACGGCGCACGGCGGUCGUGUCGGCAGAUACGAGAGGAAUGGCCUUUUCGCAUUUGGCAACACGAGGCACGGGCUCGCUUGGACGAACGGUCAAGACAACUCGGAUCUUGGGUAGAUAUCCACAACUUGCGGCAGAGGAGAUGCGCAAACGGAAGCCCAGCUCUGUUCUAGCCUUUUCUCCUCUUCCCCUCGGGAAUGUAGAGCAACCGUCUGAUUCAUUAGGCCUUGUUGCUAUGCUGACUCCAUACCUUCUUGUCAUCGUAUCGACUACCCCUGUCGCUCGAACUCAGCAUAAAUCGCCGCGCCCGAAGGAAGUUCCUGCACAUAGUGCUAUGACUGGUGCUCUGGCCUGGUUCCCUGCAAUCCGGCUGAAGGGCAAAGAUAGUCAAACCUCUAACACGAAGCUUGUCUAUUGCUGGUCGAAUGUCUUGACCGUGCUGGAAGUGACUGAAGCAGAGACGGACGAGCCCGUGGAUAGGGAUCGCCCCCCAAGCCUCGUUUUCCGAGCUCGCAGCAGAUGGAAGGCAGAUGAGGCUAUCGUGGCUGUCCAGUGGCUCAGCCGCUCUGUGUUAGCAGUGCUCACAAUCACCCAGCGCCUGAUUAUCCUGGAAGACUAUUCCAUGCACGUAACGGAUUCAAUUGACCUCGCAAACCGACAUAUCUACCAUACCGACCUCUUUUCAUCACAACUCCACAACUUGGUCGAGCAGCUCGACGAAGAAGACACAUCCAUGCAUGGCGUGGUGGCCGAUGCCUUCUAUAUGAGUUUCCGUUCCUAUAAAGGACGUCUGUUCCUACUUGGUUAUACCGAAGCCCAGGUCGGCAGCCUUUCAAAUUGGGCGGAUCGGCUCUUGGCACUGAUGGAGGCAGGUGAUUUCAUCAGCGCUAUACGUUUGGCGACUUCAUACUACACGGGCAGCGCAGAGAGGCUUACCGUUGGGCUUCCCGAUGAGGAUGCUUUGAGGCAACCGAUCGUUCAAGAAAAGCUUCUCGAGAUGAUUUCGGCAUCUUUGAAGUAUGCUUUCGGUCGCAAUGCUGAAGCAAGAAAUGAUCAGCUGGAAACUCAGCAGCUCGAGGAACUUGCCGAGGUAUCUGUGACUGCUAGUCUCCAAAUGGCGGAUGAGGAGUUCCUGUGGGAGGAAGUGUUCAAUUGGUACGAGGAGCACGACUCCGCAGGGAUCUUCUUGGAUGUCCUGGAACCACACAUCGUCGAUGGAACCAUUCGAUCCCUGCCUCCAAUUGCAGUCAAAGCUCUCAUCAACCAUUUCAUCGUUACCCAUUCCGCUGGCCGACUGGAAGAGAUCAUCUGCCUCCUCGACACCACGACGAUGGACAUUGACCAAGUCACCACCCUAUGCAAGCAGCACAACCUAUACGAUGCAUAUAUAUACGUCUGGAAUCGCUGUCUGAUGGACUAUGUGGGGCCAUUGGAGGAUCUCCUACGUCUAAUCCCCGCUCAAACAGAGGAGCCACUGGUCAACGGAGACUAUGCUGUUGAGAUGAGGCGCCACACGAACGCAAUGAAAAUGUUCCCCUACCUCUCCUUUGUCUUUACCGGCCGCAUCUACCCUACCGGUGAUGAGAUGGAUGAAGCGGAAGCUUUGCGUGCUAAAACCGCAUUGUAUCAAUACCUCUUCUCAGGCCACCUGUCUGGCACGGGGUCUAUGAAUGCCACUAAUGAGACUGGCUCAUUUGCCCAGCUGCAGGCUAUGCUCAAAUUUGAUGCAUCCAGCUUCAUGAGUAUGCUUAACGAGGCUUUUGAGGACAGCUUCUUGAACGAGCCCGAGUCCGAAGAGGCUCCUACUUCUGGGGUAUCGAUCAAUCGGCAGUACUUGAUCAGCAUCUUGCUUCAAGUGAUGGGUACACCGUUCUUCGCCCCUUCCGAUACCAUUUACUUGGACAUGUUUGUUGCACGCAAUCUUCCCAAAUACCCGCAGUAUAUUCUUCUUUCAGGCACGACUCUGCAUCAGGUGCUUGUCCGGCUGUGCCAGUAUCCGGAGGAGGAUAUGGCCGAUGACUGCGAGUUGAGUGCGGAGUACCUGCUUUCUUUCUAUCACCCACCGGAUGUCCAGAGCAUGAUGCCACUCUUCAAGGAGGCUCGAUUUUUCCGCAUCCUGAAGUCAACUUAUCGCUCUGAGAAACAGUAUCCGCAGUGGAUCAUGACCUACCUGGAUGAUCCGCACGACAAGGAUGCUAUCUUUACAGCUCUGUAUGAUUGUCUUCGCUCGGGCUCCGGACUUGGUAAAAAGCAGAGGCGGGAUGUCAUCGAGGUGGUCAAGCAGCAUGCUCAAGCAAUCGCCGCCAUAGACGUGAAGCGAGCGGCCCAAGCCAUGCAGGAUUUGGCUCCCGAGACUCACUCCACAUUCCUCCAUGUAUUGGAAGAUGAUCCAUUCAACCAAUAUCAGUAUCUUCAGGUCUUGGUCGAUCCUCAUGGACAAGCUGGCGAGAACCGAUCCGCUCCUUCGGUCGAGAACCGGAUGAUCGAACGGUACGUGCAGCUUUUGUGCAAAUAUAACCCAUCCCACGUCGCAGACUUUGUCGAUGGCCUACGGGUAGGAGACAUCCAUCUCGAAGAGCUGCUUCCAUCCAUUGAGGAGAGCGGGGCCAUUGAUGCCGCCGUUAUCUUGCUAGCCCGACAGGGUCAAGUGCGGGCUGCCUUGGAUCGUCUCGUAGCACACUUGAGUACGCUCGAGUCAGGCCUCGUCGGUAUUCUUCACAGCGUUGGCGAGGCCCCGGAUGCUGCUAGCACGACUGAGGCGAUCGAUGACCUUCUCGAAUCUCUAAACAAGUACGCCGGAGUUGGAACCUGGCUCUGCCAGGGCCAGACCAAGACAGCGAAGCAAUCACGGCCGGCCAGCAAUGGCCAAAGGGGGGUAUCGCCGCUUGAGCAGCCUCUAGCCUUUGAUGAGACGCUCUGGCUAGACCUCAUCGAGGCUGUGGUUCGCAUUGCAAGUAACAUAUUUGCCCUGAUGCGGACUCAUCAUAUCAAGGACCUUGAAGCAACAUCGCCCACUGUCUCACUAAGUGAAGAUACCGGCCGCUUGACAGUCUCCUUCCGCACUCUCGUCCAGCAGGUAUUCACCUCGCUGCUCGCCAGCACCGUGAAAGGUGGCAGUCCAUCAACCAGCGAACGCACCGACCUGUCCUUCCUCCGCAUCCUGCGAGCCUUCCUCACCCGUGCCGCCAGCUGGUCCCCAUCCCUGCGCGAGUUGCGCGCCGUUCUCGCUUCAGUGUUCUCUGCAUAUUCCUAUGAGAAGUCUCUCCUGACGCUGGCCAACGGCAUGCUGGAUCGCGACCUGUUCGUACAUGUGGACGAGGUCACUCGGCUGCGGCAGCACGGGUGGCGCCCCCGUGGGCAGGUCUGCGAGAUUUGCCGGCGGCGCAUCUGGGGCCCCGGUGUGGGCUCCUCGCAGUGGACGUCAUGGGAGGAAAGGCAGGCUGGCGAGCACCAGCGUCGCAUCUCCAGGCGUCUCGAGGAGAGUCAUGACCCUGCUUCUGAGCGGGGAAAGGGCAAAGCUGCUGCCCUGCCCCAUUCGGUUGGCCAAGGCAAUGAUGCCUUGACUGGGUCGGGGACUGCGGUAGAUGGGGAGGGUCAUCCUACUGAACCGGUGGUGGUGUUUUCCUGCAGACAUCUCUAUCAUCGACAAUGCGUUCUUGAUGCGAUUAGUGGGCUUCAUCGACCCACUGGUGCGCACGGCUCGGUCUCACGACGUGAGCAUCCCGACUGGCCGGUAGCUGAACUGUUCUGUCCGGCUUGUACAUAG